UAUUCCAGCUGGGCCGAGUAAAAGAAGGGCCAACAAAAUCACGGAAGGAAUAAGUUCACAUUCAUCCCUCAACUUUACAUCGAGUUGAGUUCAAUUGACAUUACUUAUCCCCAAUAUUAAAAAUCUUCACCAUUAAACUAUACAAAACUGUGUAAUUUGGGGAUUCUACAGUGAUUACUAAACACAUGGUAAUUCUUGUGCUUCAGGUUUCCACAGUUCAUGGUAAUUCAGAACAUUGAAAAUUUUAGGGUGAAUAGACAAAGUGGUUCUCCAAGUUUUAUCUGAGGCUUAGUUUAGUCCUUAAAGUUUCAAUCUGUCCAUAUUAGUCCUUCAAGUUUUCAUUUUAGUUCAAACUUAUCCUUGAACCUACUUAGAAGUCACAUGGCUAAAUAUAACCAACAACUUCUCUUGAUAAAUGAAACUUAUACCCCUUAUUCACAUAUAUAAGAAAAAAAUGCGUGCAAUGAAUUUUUUUUAUGAAUAAUGCAUAAUAAUUUAUGUAAAACGAAAAUAAAUUAUAUAUUUUCAAGUAUAUACGAUAGCCAUUAGGCUCAAGUUUCAUGUGCACAUGUUAAAAUAACGGGAAGUAUAUUUGCAAUGUUGUUUAUUCAUCUUGGUUUCUCUUUUCUAGUGUAUAAUUGUAUAUAAAUUAAAGGUAAAAAGGGAAAUUUUUCUAACAUAAAUGUUGACUAGAAAUAGCCAUAUGGCAUAUUAAAUAGGCCCAAGGAUGAUUUUAAGCCAAAACAUAUAUUUAGAGGACAUAUAUAGACAAAAUAAAACUUGAAGUAUCAAAUUAAGCCUUGAGUAAAACUUGAGAGACUAAAUUAACUAUCCACCCAAAAAUUUAACCAGACUCACUAGUGUUCAGAUGUUUCUAUAGUACUACUACUAGAGCAGAUUUCAGAUUAGUGAAAUUUAGCACAAAUUAAUGGCACUUUCCCAGUCACCAAGAAAGAUAAACGCAGAAGAUGGAGCACUUUCACCAAGAAAGACAAAUUAAUUGAGCACGACGAGGGAGCCGGUCUGGCGCCGUCGUCGGGGACGGUGGAGGAGACGGCGAAUUUGCGAAAGUAUUGCGAAUUCAUUAGCCCACUCGUCUACCUUGACCUUUCAUGUAAUCUUAGGCAGUGUUCGGAAUCCCCCUUUCCCAACUCUCUACUCUCAUUUUCCACGCGCAUGCUUUUCAAACGGUUAAACGGUGUGUUUUUUUACAAAAAGUUUACAUACAAGAGUUGCUUAAAAACAUAUUGAUCCAUUUUUUAAAAAAAAUAGCAAAUAUUUAAUUAAUCACGUGCUAAUAGACCGUUCCGUUUUUCGUGCCCAAACUUGCAAACAAAGCCUUAGUCUUUUCUUUUUCUAAUUUCGGCCCACUAAAAUGCAACCUCCAAUUCCUGGAUCAGAUCCAAAGUUCGCAAAUACAAACUGCAACUCCAGGUUCUUGCUGAACAGAGUGAUCCUGAACAGGUGAUCACUUUGGUACUCAACAAUCCAAGAUUGAUUUUCUCAAGAUCACAGGAUUUUAGUUAAUCUUGAUGCAGUUAGAAGCGCUUGCUAUACACUACUCCUUUAUGACACUACUAUACUAGUGUCCGAAUGCACCAAGCCACCGCCGCCAACCUCCCUCCCCGGCCUCCUCCGCCAGCGCCGUGUCCGCCAACGUCUCCUCCCCGAUCUGGCCGCGGGGGGCCUAGAUCCGGCGACGGGAGAGAGGGAUGCGAUGGGCGGCGAUGAGAGAGAGAGGGAGGUGGCCCUACUCGUCCUCCUCGUGGCCACAGGCGACAGAGAGGCGAUUGACGGCGGCGGCGAGAGGGAGAGAGAGAGAGGCGAAGAAAAAGAGAAGUGGAGGGGCGGCGGCGAAAAAAGAGAGAUUUUGUGCGGGAGGGAGAGAUUAGGGGUAGGGUAGUAAAAAUAUACAUGGGUUUUGUGGUCUAGGAUAACCGUUGUAGGCUGGAGUAUCUCUUCCAACUUACUCUAGAUUUUGAGGAGUCCAUCUGGAGUGUCCGCCAUUAAGAGAUGAGUUUUCCGGAGAUCAUCCUCAGUUAGCGAGAACACUCUAAUUUAGUUUUGAUUGUAGAUAUCCUUACUACUAUAUUUUGGUAUCGAGGGAGUAUUUAUUUUCUCCCAGUCCUAUUCUGAUUCCGUCGGCAGGGAACUCAAACAGAGAGUCGGAAUCCACUGCGGAACGGAUUGGCGGCCGCCACGCUGAUGUCGGUGAGGGAGCGAUGAUGUCGAUAAAAUAGAGUAAACUUUUUUAAGGCGAUAAUCUGCCACGUCUUUCUUGGUUGAUCUCUGCAUCUCCCGUACCAAAGCAUUUUCGCCGUCUCCACCGAUUCAUCAGGGCAGGGCAGAUGGAAUCAGGCGGCGCAAGCGAGCAGCAGCGUAAGAAGAGCAAGGGGAGGAGGAGAAAUCGCAUAUUUUUCGUGGUGGAUGAGAAGAGGCUGGAUACUGGUGGCAACGGCAUAUACUUCGUCUUCACCCUAAAUCUCAAGCCCAUGUUCGCCGACGCCGGCGACGACGACGAUUGGGCAACGAUGAGGGCCUUACCUCCUCCAAUCGCGCCGUUCGAUUCGCUGGAGCGGUGCGCCGAGCGCCUCGACUUCGCCCUGGUCGGAUCCAACGUCGUCGCUGUCAGCACGCAGAAGCGCACCCUCCUCUACGACACCGCCGCCGCCGUGGUGUCGAACGGUCCGGAGCUCCGGCACGCGACGAUCGGCGGCACGGCCCUCAUCCUGCUGGGGACCCGACUCUACGCCAUGGACAACCGCCCGUGCGAGCCCGACCCCUGCUUCCAGGUCCUCCUCCCGCCCGCCACCCCUGUCGCCGGGUCCGGCGGCCGGCGCCGGCGCCAUUGGUCGUGGCGCGCGCUGCCCGAUCCACCGGCCGACUUCUCCAUGGUCCGUCCGGCCCCCGCGAUGAUCUUCUGCAACACCACGGCCUUCGUGGCCGCCGGCGCGCGCAUCUGGGUGUCCGCGCCGGACAGGGGCACCUACUCCUUCGACACCACCGCCCAUGGGAAUGCCAUGGCGUGGCGCAAGGUAGGCGACUGGGAGCUUCCAUGGGUGCGGCGCGCCGUGUUCGUGCCCGAACUCAACCUUUGCUUCGCCAUGUGCCGGACAAGGUACUGCCUCUGCGCCUUCGACGUCCCCUCCGCCGAGCCGGCGGCGGCGGCGCCGGUGACCAGGUACGCGUGGGUGGAGGAGACGUACCCUCGCGAGUGCCUGGAGCGGGGAUAUUUCCCGCAUGGGCCGGCGAGCCUGGCCUACCUGGGAGAUGGCAGGUUGUGCAUCGGCUGGACCAUCAUCGUCGAGUUCGGCGAGCAAUACGGCUAUUCUAAUAUGCCCACGCGCUUCGCCCUCCUCCUCAUGGCUGUCCAAGUCGUCGCCGUCGCCGGAGAAGAAGGACAGCUGCGCCUUGUGAAGCACAAGGCGCGCUGCUACCUCAUGUCAAACCGAGCACAAGAGAUCUUCCUCCUCCAGCCCUCUUUGUGAGAAGAAGCUGCUGCUGCUGCUGCUUAUUCUUCUUCUUGUGUUAUUUAUCUGCUGCUACUAGUAUUUGUCCACCCAUGAUAUCUCUUACUAUUAUGUUUGGUGUUGAAAUGUACUCCCUCCGUUACAUAUCGUUUUCAUAUUGGUCAAAUGCCUUGUUUAGUUUACGAAAAAAAAUAGAUGUCACAUCGAAUAUUUAGACGCCUAGUAGAACUCGACGGUGGCGUCGUAGUCCUUGGCCCUGAAGAUGCUGAGCAAGUCCUGACCCCGGAGCAGCGAGUCUACUGCCCUAGGCCGCCGCGCCCGCGAGAGGAGGUAGGGAGCCCCGCCACCGUCAUCAUUGCGUCCCCGGCUUUGCUGGCGGCCGCUCGAGUGGCAGCGAGAUGGAGGGGAGGAGAGGAAGAGGUUGGCGGUGGCGCGCUCGCCUGGUCGCCGCCCUGGGGAUGAGCGGCACGAGGGCCAGCCCUCCGAUUCGACCAGUUCUUCUUGUCUGUUGAAGUCGGCAUCAAUUUGGAGUAGAGAUCAUAUAACUGUCAAAUACCCGGCUGAACAGCUUAAACAUCAGAGUCUUCAGAUAACCAAGAUAGGCGUCUGUAACUCCUCUAAUUUCAUGAUAUUUUUCCAGCAUUAGUUCAGGAAACAAACAUGUUUAUCUCAUUAUCUGACGAGACACAGCAGCAGCCACUAGACUGUAGUAAGGUGGAGACUAGAGAGGGUAGCAGGGAGCUUGAAUUGUUGUGUUGCCAUCCUGACUCACUGACUAUAAUUUGGUGCUCAGUAGCUGUUGCAAGUAAUAGUACUAUUCUUCAGAAAAGAUUUGCCGGUUAUCAACAUGUAAUGCCAGAUAAACUGGAUAAAAAAUCAUCAUAAAUCUACCCUAUAGUUCAACAAAUGGUUUCACUCAUCACUAGUAAUAUACCCGUGCUAACGCUACGUUGUCAUAAUUUUUUUUAAUAAAUUGUUAAAAUUUCAUGUUUGAGAAAAUAACUUUUCUAGAAUCCAUCCAAUUAAGUUUUAAUUCCAUUCAGAUCAUAUAUAAAUAUAUUUAAGGCACAACACAAUACUAUGAUAUCGAGGGCAUCGACCAUUAUAUCCAAUCACUUUAAUAUACUCCCUCCGUUUUUAAAUAUUUGAUGCCGUUGACUUUUUUAAAUAUGUUUAACCGU